UUCUAAGCUCAUUUGUUAGUUAGUUUGUAUGCGUUACUUUUUUUAAGGAAAUAGUAGGCAGCUUCAAGAGUUCAAAAUAGACAUUACAUCAACUUUUGCUUAUUUAUCAAUAUUAUGUAACAAACGAUAUGUAUGAAACACUUGCUACUAUCAAUAAUUAUCAAUGAUUAGAUGCAUAAUAACCCCAAUGGAAAACAUAAAAUGUAUUUCCAUAAAAGGGGUGAACAUAUCUUUUAGGAAUGGGAAAUAUAAUGCAUGAUCUUAAUCAAAAUUGUUAUUAACAGAAAGUGGAACAAACUUUUUAACAUAUUAUUUCAUAUGAUGAUGAGGUUGAAUUUCAAGACAGUAUUACUUGUAGUAAUAGUUGCAGUACUUAGUUCAAUAUUAACAUCAUGGAAUAAUUGUAGCAGCCCAUCAUUUUUUAAAAGUACCGAUUGGAAAUCAAAGUUUCAACAUAGAGAUAGAGUAAAUUUAGAAACUGGAUACCAGGAAAUAGACUGCCAUAUAAAUGGUGAUUAUUCAAUUGGAUGUCGUAAAGAAGGAGAUGAAGUUUAUAUACCAUUUUCAUUUAUUCAUAAAUAUUUUGAGAUUUAUGGAAAACUGGCAACAUAUGAUGGCUUAGAGAGAUUUGAAUGGUUGCAUAGUUAUUCAAAAAUCGUCAACCCCAAGGGCAAAUACGAUCCUAGAGGGGUGUUUAUGACUUUUGAAAAUUAUAAUGUCGAAGUUCGGGAGCGUGUUAAAUGUAUCAGCGGAAGCGACGGUGUACCAAUAUCCACUCAAUGGGAAAGUCAAGGAUAUUUUUAUCCUACUCAAAUAGCUCAAUUUGGACUAUCACAUUACAGCAAAAAUUUAACAGAACCAGAGCCUCAUAGAAAAACUAUCGAGGAUUCUGAUAAAGUUAAAAGAGAGUGGAUUAUACCUCAAGGAUCUAUUGCAUCUAGAAUAUUUGAUAAACAUUCUAAUAGUCAUGUAAUAAAAUUUGCAACACCAGAAACUAGUACUUCUGGGAUUACUUUGAAAUUAGAUCAUGUAUUAGAUUUUGUAUUGAAGUGGGAUUUUAACAUUAAAGAUAAUGGAAGCAUUGUGAUUGCUUUGCAAUCUAGGGAAAGAAAAGAAAUUUAUUAUCUUCAUUACGUUACGAGUAAUAUAGUAUUACAUGCUUAUAACAAUCAUGUUUACUAUGGAAUUGGUCAAAUUAAUCAUCAGUGGAAACGGUUCACUAGAGACUUGGUUAUUGAUUUACAAAAAGGUUUAUAUUUAAAUGAUAAAAAUAAGAAGAAAUUGUCGCGUUCUAAAUUAAAGAUGGUAAAAAUAACCUUGUAUGGAUCUGGAAUGAUAGAUAAUGUAACAUUAUCUACAAGUGAACACAUGGAACAGUUCUAUGAUGCUGCAAGGUGGUUUGUAGCCAAUCAGAACAUUAGUUCUGGUGGAUGGCCAAAUCCUGUUAGAAGAAAAGUAGCACCUGGCAUGGCAACUCUUGAGCCUGGAUGGUAUUCUAGUAUGGGCCAAGGGCAUGCUAUUUCGGUAUUAGCACGAGCGUAUUAUCAUUCUGGUGAAGAAAAAUAUUUACAAGCUGCUAUUAGAGGUUUGCAGCCUUUUAGAUUAUCCUCUAGCAAAGGGGGUGUAGCUGCAGUAUUUUUAGGUAAAUACGUAUGGUACGAGGAAUAUCCUACAACACCCUCUUCUUUUAUUCUUAAUGGAUUUAUUUAUUCUUUAAUUGGUUUAUACGACCUAAAAAGUAUAGCAAGUGGUAAGGAUGCAGAGGAAGCAUCCCGUCUUUUUAAUCAGGGUAUGACAUCGUUAAAAAACAUGUUAACUUUAUAUGAUACUGGUUCCGGUACUACCUAUGAUUUACGUCAUUUUACAUUAAAAACAGCUCCAAAUUUAGCUAGGUGGGAUUAUCAUUCCACUCAUGUUAAUCAACUUCUUCUUCUAAAUUCAAUUGACAAUGAUCCACUUUUUACUACUACAGCAGAACGAUGGAUAGGUUACAUGAAUGGUAAGAGAGCUGCACACAACUAAUUCAUUAUUUUUUUCAAUAGUUGACUGACUUCUGCAUUUAACUUUUUAUUCUUUGUUCAUCAGUGUUUAGUAUCACAUUUAUCUUUUGUUUUGUAACAUAACAUUUUGUAAAUAGUUUCAAACAUUCACAAAAUAAAGCGGACCAAAAUA